UCUAACCUCCAUAUAACAAAUACAUUUAGCAUAACCUAGAAUUAUGAAUACUUAUGUAAACCUUAUAAAACAUUGGAGCUAUUUGAUUGGUUACUUGUUCGAUUUCUAUUGGCUCACGUUUAACCAAUCAUAUCAACACUGCAUUUAAACGUUGUUUUGAAUCGCUAAUUGCGAUAAUAUUUAUUAUUACACUUUUUGAUACUUCUUUAUAUAACCUCUGUUAAUAUUAUUAUGUUAUUAAAUAAAUAUUAUUAUUUAAACUUAUGAUGAAUACCAGCAAAAUGUUUCCUACUUUAAUUAAAACAUGCUCAAAAUUCAGUGGAUUAAAACAGUGUAAUAAUGAAGUUAUUAAACAAAGACGAUAUUUUAAACACAAUAUAAGAAAUUCAGCUAUCAUAUUUAUAAAAUAUGAUUAUUUUCAUACAACUUCACAUUUCAAUGAACGCACUAAAGAACUAAAAUCAUUAAAAGAAACUAAGACUAAAAGGCCGUUAGUUAAUUUGUGGUCCGGCAUGAAAGUCGACGAAUUGGCAAUUAUUUUAAAAAGAGAUAUAAAAGAUAUUUUAUCAGCUGCCUCCCUUUCAGAUAAAAAUAAAAGAUAUUCAUUCGAUUCAGAUAUAAAUGAUCCACAAAUAUUAUCUAGUAUCGUUAGAAAAUUAGGAUUUCGUUAUAAGAUUGUUCCAAAACCAACCGAUGUGCAGCAAAAACAGGAAGAUUACGAUGCAGUUGUACGACCACCACCGGAUGAAUCUGUAUUAGUAAAUCGACGUCCAGUGGUAACCAUAAUGGGACAUGUUGAUCAUGGAAAAACAACUUUGUUAGAUGCACUAAGAGACACUUCGGUUGUGGAUACAGAAUUUGGUGGAAUUACUCAACACAUUGGUGCAUUUAAUGUGGAAUUAAUUACGGGUGAGAAAAUCACAUUUUUGGAUACUCCUGGUCAUGCAGCUUUCACUUCUAUGAGAGAAAGAGGUGCACAAGUAACUGAUAUUGUAGUAUUAGUAGUAGCUGCUGAUGAUGGUGUAAUGGAACAAACAAUACAAAGUAUAGAUAUGGCUAAAGCAGCUAAUGUACCUAUUAUUGUAGCUAUUAAUAAAAUUGACAAACAUAACGCUGACAUUUUAAGAACGCAAAAGAUGUUACAACAACAAGGUAUUAUCGUUGAACAACUUGGUGGUGAAGUUCAAUGUGUAAAUAUAUCUGCUUUAAAGGGAACCAAUUUAAAUACAUUGGUAGAAGCUAUAGCAUUACAGGCAGAAAUAAUUGGAUUAAAAGGUGAUCCUACAGGAUUGGUUGAAGGUGUAGUUAUUGAAUGUAGAAACGAUAAAGCUCGUGGAAAAUUAUCAACUGCGCUUAUUCAACGUGGUACUUUAAAAAAAAAUUCUGUACUUGUAAGUGGUACUGCUUGGGCUAAAGUAAGAUCAAUGUUCGAUCAUGCAGGUAAACCUGUUAUACAAGCAAGUUUAUCGGAUGCGAUACAAAUCAUGGGAUGGAGAGAAUUACCCGAUGUUGGUGAUAAAAUAUUAGAAGUUAAGAAUGAACAAGAAGCUCAUACAGUUAUUAGAUAUAGACAAAAACAAAUAGAUAAUAUUAAAGCUGAGGAACAUAAAAAGGGAGCUGAGUUAAAAUUGCACGAACAUCUAAUUGAAUAUACAGAAAGAUUGGCAAAAAGAAGAGCAAUGGGAAGAAAGUAUUAUAAACGUGAGCCUAGAAAAAAAGAAGAUACAACGGAUCCUACUCCAAAACUUAAUAUUAUAUUAAAAACGGAUGUUAGUGGUUCUGCAGAAGCUAUUUUAGAUGUAAUUGGUACUUAUACAGCGGAUGAACUUUGUCGUUUGAAUGUUGUACAUUACGGUGUUGGUUCAGUUACUGAAAAUGAUCUCGAAUUAGCAUCUACUUUUGAUGCUAUUAUUUAUCUAUUCAAUAUAAGUAUAUCUAACGCAAUGCAAAAAAAUGCUAUAGCAAAUAAUAUUAUUAUACGACCUUGUAAUGUUAUAUAUAAAUUAAUUGACGACAUAAAGAAUGAAAUUAAUUUGAAACUUCCGUUGAAAGAUAGCGAAGAAAUAAUAGGUGAAGCAGAUUUUUUAAAACAAUUCGACGUUAAGAUAGAAAAGAAAAAAGUUUCUAUAGCAGGUUGUCAAUGUACCAAAGGUAUUCUUAAAAAAAAUGAAUUGUAUCAUUUGAAACGUGGUGAUAAUAUUGUUUACACCGGAAAAUUAUUAUCGAUGAGACAUCACAAAGAAGAAGUGGAUACCAUUAAAAGUGGCACGGAAUGUGGUUUAAGAUUUGUCAAUAGUUCGAUAACAUUUCAACCAGGUGAUAAAAUAAUUUGUUUCAAACCGUACCAGGAAAAACAAACUAUCGAAUGGGAUGCUGGAUUUUAAUAAAUGUGUAUUUAUUAAUACGAUGUUCCCUAUUGAUAUUACUUAAACCAGGAGGCGGGUCGGCAACCUUUUGAGUCGGAAGAGCCAAAAAUUACAAUUUACAAAAUUUCAAAGAUUUAAAUAGUCACACAAUUUUUUCUUGCUAA